AUGAAGCUCGAGCCCCAGUCACACCCUUCCGUCAUCUCCAUCACCACACAGAAGCGCAAACGCCGCGCGGACGAGCCGACCAACCCAACCCUCACGUCACCAGCCAAGAAGCUCAAAACAUCAGCAGGAAUUGCCCCAGUCACCACCGAAAAGCCUAAAAGUACCAGUCGCAACACACCCGGCUCAAAGUCCACGCUCGUCCCCCGCGGCCCCCGCAAAAAAGCCACUCUCGGCGUCAAAGACGAAUCCCUCCUCCUCAUGCUCUGCGACAGCAGCACCACCCCUUCCAAAACAACCGAACUCCACUUCCGCAAAAUUCCGCACUCCCUCAUCGACUGGCACAACCCCCACCACAUCUCCCAGAUAAACGCGUGGCGCAACCAGAUCUACGGGCGCGCCGGCCUAAAAGCCCGCUCUGUGAGUCUAUGGUAUGAAGCCGAGGAACUCUGGUUCGAGCUCUACUUCCAGCUCUCCAUUGUGGAGUCAAGGAAGCGCGGGAUCAUGCUUCCGGGGAGCAGGCAGGUGAGGGACGCGUUCAAUGAGACGUUUGUGGGGAGGGCGAUUAAGGGGAGGGGUGGAGAGGAUUUGCCGCCGAGGGUGGAGAGGGAGGGGAAUGCGUUUGCGUCGAAGUUUAAUCAGGAGGAGGUCAGGGAGAUGAAGGCGAAAGAGCUCGAUGCUGUUGUCGCCUUGGUCAGCCUCGCCAACUCGUCAGUUGACUCUAGGUGUGACUAG